AUGGUUUCCUCUAAAAAGAAGCAUAUUAAAAAUUAAUUAAGUAAAAAAAAGAACAUAAAAAAAAUAAAAAAAUAUGUGAGGGAAUUUUAAAACCGAUUUUAUUAAAUUGAUAAAUUUAAUUAUGCUAAAGACAAUUUCUUAAUAUUCCCAAAAGGUAUUAGUAAAAUUAGAAAAGAAGUUAUAAAAGAUAGAAGAAGUAAAAGGACUAGCAAGAUUAAAAAAGAUGGGAAAAAAUGUUAUGCGAAUUCAUCAAUCUAAUCACUUAGUAAUUUUUUAUUUGAUUAUAUCUAGAACGAGAAAAAAAAUGA